AUGGCGCUUAAACACGUCCUCAUAACGGGGUGUUCGGAGGGCGGCAUCGGGUCCGCCACAGCCCUCGCGUUCCAGAGACUUGGGACCUACCACGUCUUCGCGACCGCGCGGUCUCUCGCAAAGAUGCGCGACCUCGCAACAUUGCCAAACGUCACAUGCCUGGAACUCGACGUGACCUCGCCGUCGUCCGUCUCUGCCACCAGGAAGAAGGUCGCGGAGAGGACGGGUGGAAAGCUGGACGUGCUGCUCAACAAUGCGGGCAUGUUGGUCAUGGCGCCGGCGCUGGACACGGACGUCGACAAGGCGCGCAGCGUGUUCGAUGUGAACUUCUGGGGCGUCGUGAGUGUUACGAAUGCGUUUGUCAAAAUGGUCAUUGCGGCCAGGGGUGUGGUCGCCACCACGGGCAGCAUCGCCGGCGAUAUCAAUGGGCCUUUUCAGAGUUUCUACGCCGCCUCUAAAGCAGCCAUCAUGAUCUAUUCCGAGACGCUGCGCCUGGAGCUCGCGCCCUUUGGGGUCCGAGUGCUCACGAUGGCGACUGGCGUCGUGUCCUCGAAUCUCGCCUCGGGCCUCUCAGACGUCGUCUCCCUCCCCGCAGAUUCGCUGUACAAACCCGUCGAAGGGGCGUUGAAGGCGCGCCUGAAAGGCGGCGGCUACGCCAAGAUGGACCCCCACGACUACGCCGGGAAGUUUGUCCGGCUGGUCGAAGCAGGAGCGAGCGGCAAGGUUUACCUGGGCAAUUCGGCGGGCGUGGUGAAGUGGGCGAAGGUGCUUUUGCCAGCGUGGAUCAUUGUGAGCGUCACCGCGUUUCUUUUCUCUUCGACCCCCUAG